AUGAGCGCACACCCCGACGAUGAAGUCAUGUUUUUUGCGCCGGCCGUGCUGGAGAUGGCGCGCCAAGGUGUACGCAUUUCAGCAUGGUGCCUAUCGCAAGGGAACGGCGAUGGGCUGGGCGCAGUGCGGCGUGAGGAAUUGUACCAAAGUUAUCAAGCACUUGGAGUCCCUAAAGAACGCGUAUUUGUGUGGGAUGAUGUCAAUUUGCAAGACGGUAUGGAGCAUGUAUGGGACGAAAUGUAUAUACGGCAGCAGUUUAUAAAGCUUGCAGCGAAGUGGGGAGACAUGGAUGCCAUCUUGACGUUUGACGCACAUGGCGUGUCGUCGCACCCCAAUCAUGUAGCAGUGCACCGCGGCGCAUUGGCUGUGCGUGCACACUGGCGGGAUGGCGUUGCACCGACGCUCCUGACCGUGCGCACGCCGCCGCUUGCUACAAAGUUUACAGGGCUGCCAGGCGCGCUCAUUGCGCGGCUAAUUGGGCAUGCGCCGAUCCUGUUUAUGGCUACGCCUAUCCAGUAUAUCUCCGCACUACGCGCGAUGCAACACCAUGCGACGCAACUUGUAUGGUUCCGUUACCUUUACGUGCUUUUCUCCACACUCAUGUAUGCGAAUGUUAUCGACGUGUGGAAUUAA